UUCUCCAGGUCUUGCCGUUGCUUCCCUCCGAACAGCUGCCCAGCGCGAUUGUGUGCCACAGCGCCGCGAGUCCUUCGCAGGCUGAAAAUAGCCAGAAACGCACGACACAGGAGAAGCGAGCGGCGCUCGAGUACUGGUCUUCGUUUCCUCUCAACUCGCCUCAGGCAGUCUUGGUUUGGGCUCGCGACCGUCAACGACGAUCCGGUUCGACCGGCAAAGGCCAAGUCGGCGGACACGUCUCGGCAGGGCUUGCGUCGUCUGGCGCCAAUAGCCCAGGCAUCUCCAGCUCGACUGUUCCCUUGGCAAGCGUCGAGGCCACGGCGACGGAUGCUGCCCAGCCCGAGCAGGACCCGAACGGAGGCAUGGUCAGCAACUGGCAGGCUCAGCAGAUACCUUUUGGCAUGUCAGAACCGCGUACGCGGCCGGGAAGUUCAGACGUACCCAGCGCUGGCACCGUUCAGCCAGCCGACCAGGCCAACGGUAUGCCGCCAAACACGCCCACGUCUUUAUCUCGAUCCAGCUCUACGCACACUAGCCGGAUUGAUCUGUCGGACGAGUUCCAAUCAAAGUUUCUUUGGUGAAGCUGCAGCUGGAUGCGGUUGCACAUGCAGCUGGCCCUGCGUGGCGUCCCCAGCCAUCUAUAUCGACCUCAGUGAUGCCAGCAAGAAAGCUCAUCACACGCCGAUCGAUUCAAAAGCCGAGGGGCCAGCUUCCAAGAAACUGAUCAUCCACACGCCAGAUGAUGAGCACGAUCAGCCUGAAUGCCAUGGCCCCUACGUCCGGCAUUUGGUAGGUGUCCUGCCGUGUAAUUGGAGCGUUUGCAGCAGCCUCACCGCGGUAUUGGACAUUGACAACCAUGCUGCGUUGGACGUAAACAUCCAUGCCGCGAUAUCGGAUGCUGGCAGCCGUGCCGCGUUAUUGAGCGUUUACAGCAGCCUCGCCGCAAUAUUGGAAAUUGACAGCCAUGCCGUGUUGGGCGUUGGCAGCCACGCGCCUUAUUGAGCGUUUAAAGCAGCCUCAAUGCGUUAUGGGCUUUGCAACAGUCUCUCCACGGUGUUGGACGUUCAGCCUCACCGCGUUAUUGCAACAGCCCCGCCGCAAUGUUGAAUAUUCAGCCAUGCCGCAUUGAGUGUUUACAGCAGCCUCACCGCACUAUUGAACCAACAAUCCCGCCGCAUCAUUGGAUGUCGCAA